GCGGGAGGUGGUCGGCGGGGCGUGCGGGGCGCUGCGGCGGUGCGGCUCCGUCCUUGCUUCGUUGCUCCCUUGCUUCCCCGGGCCAUGGGGGACCGGCCCCGCCCAGCCCGCACCGGAGACCCCCACCUCGACGCCGCCGUGGACCAGUGGCUCCGCUGGGACAAGAACCCAAAGACGAAAGAGCAAAUCGAAAACCUCUUACGGAAUGGGAUGAAUAAGGAAUUGCGAGAUCGCCUGUGCUGCAGGAUGACUUUUGGAACGGCUGGGCUUCGCUCUGCCAUGGGAGCAGGUUUUUGCUACAUUAAUGAUCUUACGGUGAUACAGUCAACACAGGGAAUGUACAAAUACCUAGAAAGAUGUUUUUCAGACUUCAAGCAAAGAGGUUUCGUGGUUGGCUACGACACCCGGGGUCAGGUGACCAGCCGCUGCAGCAGUCAAAGCCUAGCAAAGCUGACUGCCACUGUCCUGCUGGCCAAAGGUGUACCUGUCUAUUUGUUUUCAAGAUACGUCCCUACACCUUUCGUACCGUACGCGGUCCAGGAGCUCAAAGCCGUCGCAGGUGUUAUGAUUACCGCAUCCCAUAACCGCAAGGAAGACAAUGGAUACAAGGUUUAUUGGGAAAAUGGCGCUCAGAUCACAUCUCCCCACGAUAAAGAAAUUCUGAAAUGUAUAGAAGAAAGCGUCGAGCCCUGGAACGAUUCAUGGAAUGAGAAUCUAGUUGACACCAGUCCCCUGAAGAGAGACCCUCUCCAAGAUAUUUGCACGAGUUACAUGGAGGAUUUAAAAAAGAUUUGUUUUCACAGGGAUCUAAACACAAAGACGAGCUUGAAGUUUGUCCAUACGUCAUUCCACGGGGUUGGACAUGAUUAUGUUCAGUUGGCUUUUAAAGCAUUUGGGUUUAAUCCUCCAAUUCCAGUUCCAGAACAAAAGGAUCCAGAUCCAGACUUUUCUACCGUCAAAUGCCCCAAUCCCGAAGAAGGAGAAUCUGUGCUGGAGCUGUCACUCAGACUCGCAGAAAAGGAAGAGGCCAGGGUAGUGCUAGCCACCGAUCCGGAUGCAGACAGACUGGCAGUGGCGGAGCUGCAAGGGAAUGGCCGUUGGAAAGUUUUCACAGGAAAUGAGUUGGCGGCUUUGCUUGGGUGGUGGAUGUUUGUAUGCUGGAAGGAGAACCACCCCCAGAAUGCUGAUGUGAGGAAUGUUUACAUGUUAGCUACCACAGUCUCCUCCAAAAUUUUGAAGGCAAUUGCUCUUAAAGAAGGAUUUCAGUUUGAAGAAACAUUACCGGGGUUUAAAUGGAUUGGAAGCAGAAUAAAAGAACUCCUGGGACUUGGGAAAGAAGUUCUUUUCGCAUUUGAAGAGUCUAUCGGUUUUCUCUGCGGAACAUCAGUCUUGGACAAGGAUGGGGUGAGCGCAGCUGUGGUUGUUGCUGAAAUGGCGUCUUACCUGGACACCAAGAACCUCACGUUGGCACAGCAACUUGUGAACAUUUAUGAGACGUAUGGACAUCACAUUUCAAAGACUUCCUAUUUCUUGUGUCAUGACCCACCUACUAUCAAAAGCAUAUUUGAAAAGCUACGCAAUUUUGGUUCCCCAAAAGAAUACCCGGAGUUUUGUGGUCCGUUUGGUAUAUUGCAUGUCCGGGAUGUCACGACUGGAUAUGACAGCAGCCAGCUGAAUAAAAAAUCGGUGCUGCCCGUGAGUAAAAGCAGCCAAAUGAUCACCUUUACCUUCCAAAACGGUUGUGUCGCUACCCUCCGAACAAGUGGAACAGAACCCAAGAUAAAGUAUUACGCGGAGAUGUGCGCGUCACCUGACUGGAGCGACACUGCCUCACUGGAAAGAGAGCUAAAGAAACUGAUUGAAGCUUUGAUUGAGAAUUUUCUCGAGCCCAGUAAGAAUGGACUGAUCUGGCGGUCCGUUUAGAAACACUCCGGUGACUCUCUGCCCCGAUCGCGUGGAAUGAAAACACCCACCGCUGCAUUUAGCAUUGAUUCGCGUCCAUUUGUAGCUCUCUGAAGUGACCGUGUCCUUUAAAUCUCUAAAGAGGCAGUAUCUUGUAUCCGAUGCCACACAAUCACCUAACUCGGGUUUGUUUAUUAACGGGAAAUGUGCUCACUCCGGCUUUCUCCACGGAAUAUCCUGGGGAGUUACCCGUAAGAGAACUUUUCUUUUGCAACUCGAGUGGACGGACGUCCUUGUCCUUGACGUCCUUUGCGCCGGGUAGGGUGGUUUGAACAAAAAACUAGCAAAAUGUUCAAAAUCUUACUUUCUAAUCGGAGGCCAUUCAAGGGAAUGGCCCCAUUUUUGGCUGAGAAACUGCUUCUUUAGAGUUGUGCUGUAGAAGUAUCAUUGUUACAGGUCUUAAUUUUCAAGUAUGUUGAUAUGUAGAGUAUUUCCAGUUUCAAGCUUCGUCCAAGUUGAUGUAGUAAGUGACUUCCGGCUAUUUAAAUACAGUUCCUUUAUGAAAACUGCUCUGGACGCAUUGUGCUUUUCUGUGUGGCUCUUAAGGUUUAUGUUUACUGAAGUCAGACAAUAGUGGUAACUGUUUGCAGCUUAGUUUUGAUCAAUUUAUCGGUGCCUUACCAGGGCUUGGACGUGAACGAAAUAACUUUCGUCUGUGUUUCAGUUGCUCACUCAGAGACCGUGGAACAUUAAUUGGCCUUCUGCUUUAAUAACCUUCCAAACCACUAAGGUGCUUACGACUACUUUGCCGAGUCGGUAAAGUGCAUGGUUUCUUUUUUUCUUUUUCUUUUAUAUCACCCAAGUUAGAAUAAAGAUCAUUGCUGAAUACAGGACUUAAAUGACAUACCAGAUAGGUUUUUCCAUGUUUAAAGCAAUGACUAGGAGAAACCGAUUUCAUUCUAAGAAAAUAAGAUGUUAGUGCAAACAAUUGAACUCGAAUUUGGAAAUGGUACAUAUUUCCUUUGCGCUUUUCACGCCCUUAAAUACAUAUAUUGGAAUUCUCUUAUGAACGCAGCAGCCAAACUUAAUCAUACCGGUGUUCUUUCAAUAAUAAUAAUCUGAAUCAAUUGUCGAUUUGGAACCAUAAAAAUCAGUUCAGUGUAUUUUGACGUCUCACUCUGCUGCUUCAGUGAUGUCCUCAUCACAACGGCUUUUGACAUUUCUUUUUUUGGGGGGGGGGAUUUAAGAAGCAUCUUUGGAAGAUCACAGCACUUUAUUGUCCUGUUGAGAAGAAUAUUGUAAACUUUCAAUGUAGACGGCUUAAUCGGUUCCAUGCCCUCUGGGGUGCAAGUGUUUCUAGCCUUGGUAAGUGUACGCAGGUAGCUUAAAUAACCUAAGUAGUAAAAAAAAAAAAAAAUCACAAGGGUCUUGGAUGAUGAUGAUAUGGCCCCCAGACAGUGUUAGAAACCCUAUUGUUAAACAGUUAAGGGUGUGGGUUACAAAAUCGUGUUUAACGCAUAAAUCAAUGUUAAGAAAAUUGUGGCUCCUCUGAAGUAGUUGCUUUAAAUUGAGCUCGUGAAAUCCAAGUAAAGCCUGGGGUUUGGUUUUUUUUUUUUUUUGCUUUUUUUUAGGUUUUGCCACUAUUAACUCUUUACAUCUGUUUCCAACUCAACACCCUUGAAUCUGAGUUGUUUACAAAGGCAGGGUGUUAGCCCGCUGGACUGUUGGAAGUGGUAUCGUCACUUUUUCAGCAUUUUGUUGAGAAAAGCUUUGCACUAAAGAGGGGAAAAUGCAUUUUUUUAAAACUCGGGCUUCAUGAAUGUACAUGCAUUGCAACAAGUUUCUGCGCCACAGAGUAAUCUGUGCACUAUUUAUUUUUGUUUUUAGUAAAACUUAGAAUCUGUCUUUGGAAAGGGGUAAUGUUUGAAAGGUGGAGUUGACCUUUCUCCCCCCAUCCUUCCUCCCCAUAGGAAAGCCAUUUUGGCCAUGGCAGGGGGGAUUCAUAAGACAAGAUGAGUAGUUUUAGUUGGAGUGCUCUAUUGGUAUGCAACUUUGAAGGUCACCUAAUGAAAAAUUAGGGUGGAAAAAGUACUUUGCUGCUUGGGCUCUUAUUCUAAAGUCAGUGCCAAGUUAAAAUUGAGAACUAUCUUCCACUGUGACAGAAAGGAUGUAGAUCGAAGGCGAUUUGACAUCGAUGAGGCAUUUGUUGCCCAUCAUAGAGCGAUGAGUGAAUUGGGAAGCUCUAAGCUAAACCGUAUCCAAGACGGCAUUUCUUAAGAGGGAAUGGUGCUGAAAGGCCCACGUGCUUUUAAAAUACACAGAUGUCACCGAGGGAAGAAGUGGGGAGGGGGUAAAGGCACAGAGAAUAGGCUACACCUUGCACCAGAAUUAAAAUUCGGGAAGGGUUGGGAAAAAUGGUAACUUUGGAGAGAUGUGAGAAAUCAGCAGAUCAGGUCUGGUGAGAAUAAAAGCGGGGUGGAACACCAGUUCCUUCUGAGAGGAAAACUAGCUGAGAGACCCAGGGUAUUAAGUCAUCACCUACUGGCCAUGAGUCAGGAACACAGUGCUAUAAUUAAAAGAAACAAGGGCGACUGUAAUAAUGAUAAACAGAAGCUUGGUGUGUCAGGACGGAGAAACCGUUCCGUUGUAGUCAACACUGAUUUAGAGUCUUCCUAGUGCAUUUCCUCUUGAAGAUUAUGGGAAGCUUGGAGAGAGUCUAGAAAAAUAGUGACCUCUUGUGAUUUAGAAAGAUAAUUUAAGGGUUAGACAACAACCUUUGAAACAAAGAAAUGGGAUAGUUCAAUCUGGAGAAGAGAAGGCCAAAGAGUGAUGGCGAACAGGCUUCAAACCUCUGGUUACCCUCCUUGGGGUCGGAGUUCGUCAGAUGCCGGCCGUUAACGGGAGGACUGCAGCAUGGAGAACUGAAGUCAUUUCUGAGGAGUGUCUUAACAGUCAGGGUUAUACAAUUUGGAACAGUUAAACGAGGGGGUUGUGGAAAUCCGUUGUCUCCCUCUGCCGAAAGGGCUUCGGGUUCGCUUCUCAGGCUGUCUUCCAGCUUUGGCUUCUCCAAGCCUACCACUUUACGACGGUUCAAAUACUGUCAAAAUUGUGCAGGCUUCCCACGGAGUACCAAUUUGCUAACUAUUUGGGUCUCUACCCAUGAGCAUUUGAAAUAUUUUUCAAACCUGAGGUAGCAAAAGCAAUGGAAAACUCACCUGAUCCCAGAAGGGAAAAAAAGAUCCAAAUGUUUAAAUAUUAGGAAGAAUUUGACAUUGGUUGGAAUUGGGCGUUUUGAGGAUAUCUUUAAUUAAGAAUCUCUGUUCCUAAGCAUAUAUGCCAUCGACUGCACUUACUCUGUUGUAUCUCCCCAGAGCACUAUAAUUUAGUAAUUGUUCCACAAGCUGCUAGUUGGGUUUUUUUUCAUAUAUUUUUUCUUGCUAAUUACCAUGCUGGAAAUAUCAGCAUGACUCUGUUUGGCAAAUCUUAUUUUUUUUUGCUUUCUUUCCUCUCCCUUCCUUCUUUGUUUACUUCACCACUUUGUUAUUGUGAAAGAUUUAUUUUUGUAUUUCUUCACUGAUGAGAAACUUGAGUGUACUUCAGAAUAUUUUGGUCUUGUGCAUUAUCUAAUUUCAACUGUGGAUUAUUGGUUAUUUUGUUAUUUUUAGGCUAUUUAACAGUUGUCAUGGCAGAUAAUGUAAAUCAGAUUGAAUCUAUUCUAGUUGGUCUGGAUGCUCUGUUAAUUUAUUUUGAUUCUUUGGACUUCAUUUUGUUGUUAAGUUGAUUUGAAGACAGUCGCUUGAACAGAAACCUUGAAAAAGCCCCAGGGUUGAUUGGGUUGGGUUUCAUAUUUGUUUUUCCUCCCCUUUGCACUGCUGUGCAGGCAGGGCGGAGUGACCUGAAUUUGAGAAUCCGUGUCUUGCUUCAGAGCUAUAAAAGCUGAAGAAGAUUUGAAAAACCCGCGUGCCUCUUUGUGACAGUCACUGCCACCCAUUUGAAAGUGACUGUCUUUUGUCUUGGGAGUUAUUAAAGAUGUAUUUAUGACUAUUUUGUGUUUGCUCUGAUAUUAAAGUGUGAGUUCCAUUUGGGAACCAAGAAGAAAAAUAUUGACCACAACCAUAUACACCACUAGAAAUGUGGGGUACUACCAUUUAACAGUAUUUUAGACUGUAUUCAAAACGUACGUACCCCUUCCUGCUAGGGGCUUCAGUCCUAAGGCAUUAGACGGGAAAUUAAAAUGGCCUAAAAAAGGUUCUUAAGUAGUAAACCUAGGAAUUAUACUUUGAAGUUUUGGCUGAAUGUGUUUUUAAAAAGUUAGUGCAUUCCCGUUAUUAGUCCUUUGAUUCAUGCUGUCAAUGUAACUUUUAGUUCUUCAGUGGAAGUUAGGUAAUUAAGCACACCAAUUUUCCAAAUCCAAUAACCAGCCACCUACCGAAUUUAUCAUCGAGGGGAAUGUAUUAAGUGGCUCCCAUGUCCUUGAAAAAUCGAGAGGGAAGAUGAUUCCUAUUUGGAUAACGGUUCAGGGUUAAAGGGGAAAAUUUCUAACACCUGUUACACCAACCUCUAGUCUGGUCUUGAUUUAGACCCAUGGGAUUCAAAGAUAAAUUUAGCCAUGGCUGUAUAUGUGAUCUUAAUUCAAACAUGAGGAUAACACAAACUCGCAGAGACGGUGAAGGAGUCUGUUAAAUGGAGAUUGUUCUUCAUAUUUCUGAUUUGAGAAGAACGCAACUGCAGAAAGACAGGAGUUAAAAACCAGUUCAAAUCACCAACACGUGGAGAGCUCGUUGGACUAGGAGAGGAGAAUUUAAGAAAGACUCCCCCCCACAAACUUCUCCACCAAGUCUGAUCUAUACACUUACUUUUUUCCUUUGAGAGUGUUUUUUCAAAUAUCUCUUGUUUAAAAAAACACUCCGCUUGCUAUCAUUAUCUGGAUUCACAAGGGAGCAAAGUAAGACGUGUGCGAGACAGCAGUUUGAAAUUGAAAGGAAUGCUCACCUCCAUUUGGGCGAUGGGAAUCUUAAGGUAUUUCACGCAACGAUUUCCUUCAAUCGGAAAAGCUAUAUACGAUGUCUGGACCAAACUGUUGGUGCCUGAAAAUUUAAUCCAUGUGGCAUUUAUUGAGUGUUUAUCGGGUGCAGAGCACUGUACUAAGCCCUUGGGAGAGUACAGUGCGACAGAGUUGGUUGUCUUUUUCCCUGCCCACAAGGAGCUUACAAUCUACAGCUUACUACAGCCCAAAGUCGGAGUCCCUUAACCUUACACAAUUCGUCAGGAUUUCCGGAUAUAUCACACACCUAGCAAGAAAACACCUAGUGCCCAUAUGUCGGAAAUUUGGUUGGGGCACCUUCUCAGAUUCAGAACGUGAUCUUUUUUAUACAGCCUCUUCCCCGUGCGAGACUUGGGUUUAUAAAUACUACCUGUGAGAAUCUGCACUUUUCUUAAGUAUUUGUUGUAUAUGGAAAUUUUGUGGUUUUAGCUAAAGUGUUGUAAGUAAUAAAAUCUUCACUUCAUAAUACCGAA